ACAACACCCGGCUCUGAGUGGAGAAUGUUUUCUGCUGUUUAUGAAUAAAACAGUGUUGUUUUCGAGGCAAUAUCUAUAUCUCUUGCACUGGAAGGUACAAGCCUGUUUUCACGACCCCAAAGUGUUAGCUGGCUAAUCGUCUGUAGCUUGAGGAGUGUCUGAGAAGUAGCAUUAGCAUUAGCAAGCACGAAUGGCAAAUCGUUAGCAUGGUAGCUAACUAAUGCAUGAGUAUGUUGGGUCAGCGGGUUUAGAGGAGUUUUAUUUAAUACAGAAAUGUAUCCUCUAUCCAGACCGUAACCAUGUCUACAGAGGAGCUGCUGUCAGUAGAUUAUGAAGUUUAUGGAAGGGUCCAGGGAGUGUUUUUUCGAAAAUAUACUCAGUCUGAAGGGAAGAAGUUGGGUUUGGUCGGCUGGGUGCAGAACACUCCAGCUGGAACAGUACAAGGUCAGCUCCAAGGCCCAGCAUUGAAAGUCAGACAGAUGCAGGAGUGGCUCAAGACCACCGGCAGUCCACAGUCCCGGAUCAUAAAAGCUGAUUUCAGUAACGAGAAGAAAAUCGAGAACAUGGACUUCAAGGACUUCAAAGUUGUCCGCUAAUCAGUGCAGUAAAUUAAUGGACUUGUGAUAUGAAUUCUAGUUUUAUUUAAAUGUAUUUAAAAUAAGCUAUUUGUCUGUUGCACUGAAAAUGCACUCUGAUGAAAGGAUAGGCCGUACCUAACAUGCAGUAAUAAAUCAUGCACAUAAAAAAAUGCA